CAGAAAGUUCUACAACAGCGAGGAGAUGAUUUUUAUCUCGGCAAAAGGGACAGAUUUGCAGGAUACAGGCUCACUGAAGCCGCAAAGACACCCCUCAAAUUUUAAAUCACAAUAUUUUUCAGGAAAAAGUCACUUAAUUGGACUGAGGUGAGGCGAAAAACGAUUCAAGAGAGAGAUUUGGAUGUAGUAACUGAACUGCUUUUGAUGAUGCCUUGUGGAGAAACUCCCAACAAGAGCGCUCGCCUCCAGUUCCGCGGUGAGCAGAGACACAGAGGCCCGGAGCAGGGGCAGAGCUGUGCCGCCCUGCCUGGCAUUCCUGCCCAGCCCGGCCAGCCCGGCCAGCCCGGCCAGCCCGGGCGCAGGGAGCGCAGCCCCUGCCGGGAACACCGCGAGCAGUCCCGGAGAACCUGCAGCGUGGAGAGAUCCAAGGGCAGGCAGCUCCGCAAGAGAGAUGGAAAUACCUUGUCAGAAAUCUCAAAGGAGACAGUAACAGGAAUCCAGCAACGCAGAGACUUGAUGGAAAUGUCAGAAGAUGACAAUAACAUGGAGGAAUACCCCACUGAAAUUCACGAUUAUCUCACAGCAUUUGAAAAAUCUCUUGGUUCUGUAGAUGAGAUGCUGAAGACAAUGAUGUCAGUUUCUAGGAGUGAGCUUUUGCAAAAGUUAGAUCCUCUUGAACAAGCAAAGCUGGAUUUGGUUUCCAUGUACGCAUUGAAUUCUAUGUUCUGGGUAUACUUGGCUACCCAGGGAAUCAAUCCUAAGGAACAUCCAGUGAAACAAGAACUGGAGAGAAUAAGAACAUACAUGAACAAGGUCAAAGAAAUAACAGACAAGAAAAAGGCAUCCAGACUCGAUAAAGGAGCUGCUUCUAGAUUUGUAAAAAAUGCACUCUGGGAACCAAAUGCAGAAAAUGAACACAGUUCCAAAACUCCUGCUAAAGGAAAAAAGCGACAGAAGGACUAAAUCUUUUUUUUUCCCCCUCACAGCAAUUGGAGACACCUAGAACUUACUGGAAAUGCAUUGUGUACUGCAUGCAUCUCAUGGAAGUGCUGUAUAACAGAUUUAUUUAUACUUACAAACUUUACAGGAUUUUAUUUGGUCCAGAACACUUGUCACUGAGGUGAUCACAUUUAAUGUGUAUCUAAAAGUGCCAUUUGGUGCACAUUUGACAUUUCAUUACUGAAAUGAUAAUGACCUCACAUAUACUUGCUGAUAAAAAAUAAAAGUGAUGUUUUGUAUAUAAUGCCUCUGAAUUCAAUGUUUUUAAAUGAUUGAUUGACACUUUUUUAUAUGUCCUCAAUCUCCUCGAUAUUAAACAGUUUCAAACGCUGCUA